CUUCUUUCUAAUUGGCCAGCGUGCUCUCGUCCUGCAUUGUGAUUGGCUAGCGAGUGUUGAGGGAAAAUUAAAUCAAAUGUUUGAACCACCUUAGGAACCACUGAGGAAACGGGUGCCUAGAUUUUCGUUGGUGUUUGUCUUUACUGGCUUGGCUUCAGGAUCCUCUCUGCAUUAUAGCCUCUCAUAUCACCACCAGAGGAAGGAUGGGAGAUGUAGCUGAGAUCCAGAUAACACCAGACACCCCGGGGAGACCCGCCAUCCUCAACCCGUUUGAGAGUCCCACCGACUACCACCGGCUGCACGAGCCUCUGGUGCCCAGUCCCUCCGUGUUCAAGUUCUCCCGGGCCUCCUCAGCUACACCAGCAAAGUUCAAAUGGUCCAUCGAUGAAAUGGCAAGCCUCCUCCCGGUGCACAUAGACCCUGAGGAUAUUCACCGCCAGGCUUUAUUUAUGAGCCAGACCAGGACGGAUGCUGAAAUUGAGCAAAAGCGACAGAAUGCGAUUGAACAAUUUUUUACUAAAGGUGCUAUAGUUCCAUCACCAUGGGGACCGCUGGCGAGUAAACAGUCAAGUCUGCAAAGCCACGAGAAAAAGGCAGGUUUGUCUUCGCCGCUUGUAACAGAGGAACAUCCGUCAGCAAAGAAAAUACAUGCAACCUGUCAGACAAUUCUGUCUUUACCUGUAGACUUCGAUAUUGAAAAAGUAUUAGGUGAUUACUACAGGACAGACGAGGUCUCGGAGCAGGUGCAGGAGAGCCUCAGCUCCUCUUCUCUGAGGCGGAAGCUUUUCCUGGAUGGUCAUGCCAGUGGCUCGGAUUCGUCCAGCCCUCCCAGCCCUGAGAGAGAGGCUCAUGCUGGGAGCAGAGAGAUGAUGUCAUCGAUCAUCGUAUCACCCGUGAAGUGUGGGAUCACAGCCACAACGCCUUCGUCUGGUCAGUUCUCGUCCAGUCCUAUCCAGGAACGAGGUCGUGCUUAUAGUCUGGGCAGCAUGACCAGUCCCAUGUUUCCAGAACGGUCGUCUCCUCUGUUUAAGUCCCCCACCGUGUCCCCUAUCGUCCAGCAGCACUCGGUCACACCUCAGUCAGGUGAGAGGAAGCGAUUGUCCUUCCUGUCUCCUGACAGUCUUCCUUCCUGUAGCCAGAACAUGGCUGUAAACCGGUGUGGCGAGAGCCCGUAUGUGGAGGGCUGUUCUCCCAUCCGCAGCUGCUCCCCUCUCCACCCUCAACACAGCAGCAGAUCCUCCUCCAUCCUCCACCCACACCUCCAGGAUACGGAGGACAUCUUGCUCAGCGAGCCUUUACCCACUAUGGAGCUGGACUCCUGCUCCCCCGGGGUCCGGGCUGGGCAUGGUGAGAGCCAGGAGUCCCUGCCCGACUCAGAGAGGAUGGAGCAGAGCAAGCCAAAUGAGGACGAGCUGGGACGGCUGUCUCCUUGCCCUUUCCCUGAAGAAGAAGAGGAGGAGGAGGAGGAGGUGGAGGAGGAAGAGGUGCCGAGUGGAGAGGAGUUCUGUCAACUCAGCAGCUCGAGGACAAGGAGCGUGUCCAAUGCAGAGAGCACCCGCAUGUUCGUGUCAAUGCUGGCUGAGGGGAGCAUGGUGCCGUAUGACGUUAGCAUGCAGGUGGACAGCGGUUAUAACACGUACUCCACGUGCACCACCAGCCUAAUGGACACCGUCAGUACAGACAGCCAGAGCAAGGAGCCGCAGGACACACACAUGGCCGAGGAGGGACUCACUCACUCUAAACACACUAAGUCGAAGCUGUUAUUGCCAUCCCACUGAACAUGAGGGACGGAUCAGGGACUCCACAUCUUUCCUCUCUUCCCAAAGCUCAGAAGAACUGUUUACACAGUGUUUUUAUACCCAAUGCCAUGCUGUUAUACAGUGAAUUCUUGCACAGAUGCCUUUUAUCUUUAACAUCACGACACAAAGCGACAUUAUUGAACAAUCUUACCUCAUGGAGUUCUGUCAGAAUCUGAGAAAACUUGACUUAAAUUGUGAUGGAUAGAUAUAUGCUCUAACUCUCUUAUUUAAGUGUCUGAAUUACUGAAUAUAAAUUUGUGUAGUGACAUUAAUUGGUUUAUUUUACUUGAUAUGGAUUUUUUUCUUUCCUUUUUGCAAUUUUUGUACAUUGAUGUAUGCUCUUAGUUAUUUAUGAAUUUGUAAUCAGAACCACUAAAGUGCAUAUGAGUAAUAAUCGGUGUAUUUAAUGUUGCCCUGUUCAGCAUUAAACCUGUUUCUGCUAAAUUGCAAUAAAAGAUUUUGAUAUGAAUUUGAGA